AUGUUUUUUACCGUUUGUAAAAUAUGCUAGAUUUAAAAAAAUCUAUUGAAUUUUGACGAUAACAGUUUUGUUUUAUUGAACUUCUUUUUAUAUAUCCAGACACUGUGAUAAUGGCUUCAUAUCAGCCCAGUGGCUCAGGAUCAGCAGCAACGCCUGCUGAUGAAUUUACUGUCAGGAUACCCAGGGACACCAGAAGAAAGUUUACUAUGAUGAAAUUUGGAACAGGUUCCUCUGUAGAUUUUUCUAAACUUGGAGAUCAACCAGUGAAGAUUGAAAGAGAAAAUAACUUGAAGGAAUAUAAAACAGCCAAUGACCUAGAUAUGCUGCCUAAGUUUGGUGCAGGCAGUGAGUAUGGCAGAGAUCAGAAAGAAGAAUCACGAAGAAAAAAAUAUGGCAUCAUGUUAAAAAAAUAUAACCCUGAUGAUCAACCCUGGCUUCUUAAAAUUGGUGGUGGAAAGCAGACAAAAAGGUUUAAAGGUGUUCGUGAAGGUACAAUUACAGAAAACACUUCUUACUACAUCUUCACCAAAGCAUCUGAUGGAGCAUUUGAAGCUUUUCCAGUUAAAGAAUGGUAUAAUUUUACACCAAUGGUUAGGUACAAGUAUUUGAAUUCUGAAGAGGCUGAGGAAGAAUACAGCAGAAGAGAUAAGACUUUGAACUACUUUAGUAUUAUGGUAAAGAAGAGAAUAAAAAAAGAAGAGGAUCAUGUUGAUGAAGAUGAAGAUGGGAAGAAAGGGGGUAAAAAAUCUAAGAAAAAAGAUAAGGACCUUAUUUUAACUGAUAAGGAUGAUUGGGAUGAUAUGGAGAUGUCCGAUGAUGAUGAGGAUGAAAAGGAAGGUGAUGAAGAUGGUAAUAAAGUAAAGAAAAAACAACAUAAAGGAGCCAAAAAAGCUGUGAAAAACUCAAAGAAAAAUUCAGAUGAUGAAGCGGUCGAAGAAAGUGAUGAAGGUGAUUUUGAUGACAGAGAGGUUGAUUAUAUGUCAGACUCUGGAAGCUCUAGCAGUUUAUCUGGUCAAGAAGAAGAUGCAAAGGAAAAGAAAUAUGAUGAAAAGGGUGUGGAUCAGGAAGCUGGUUUGAGGAAUAUUCUUGACUCUGAUGCAGAAGAAGAAGAGGAGGAGGAGAAGGAGAAAGAGGAAAUUGAAGAGGAAAUUGAGGACAAAGAAGAAAAAAAAGAAGAGAAAAAGAAAGGGGAUGAUGACAGUAGCAGCUCCAGCUCAGAAGAUGACUCAGAUAUUGAAAAGGAUGCCAAAUUGGCUUCAGCAAUAUUUUUGCAAGGUGGUAAAAAAGAGAAAAAGGAGAAAAAAGAAAAGGCAGACACAGCAGCAACAGAUACGAAUCAGGCGGUUAAUCGUACACCAACACCGGACAAAUUGAAGGAGAAAGCCAUGAAAAGAAAAGCUGAAGCAGUGGAUGGAAAGGCUCAUAUUUCUAAGAAACAUAAAGUAGAGGACAGCGAAGGCAUUUCAGAGGAUGCAAUUAGGAGGUACCUCAUGCGAAAGCCUAUGACCACAAAAGAUCUUCUGCAGAAAUUUAAAUCUAAAAAGCUGAAUAUGACAAAUGAAAAGAUUACCCAUGUUAUAGCCCAGCUGUUGAAAAAAAUCAACCCAGACAGGAUGACCAUAAACAAAAAACUUUACCUCUCCUUAAAAAAGCCUGAGUAAACUUUGUUUACAUACUAUCUUGUUUUUAGCUAAGUAACAAUGACUGAUUAGCUGCAUUUGUUUUUAACCUGUCUAGCAUGAAUGCUUGUGUUUGUAAUACUUAAUUUAAGCAUCAGCUGUAAAUAUAUGAACUGUACAGACAUUUUGUUCAUGACAAUAAAUAAUCAAAUACAA